AGGGAAAAACGAGAGCGAGGGGCUGGAGGCAGCUGUCACUUAACAUGUGAAUGUUCGGGAGCAGCCUGGGGGUCUUUAGAAAGCUUUUUUAUCCACCUCGUUUUCAUUAGAAGCUGAGUUUGUGAGCCAAAAGAGGAGCUGGGGGAGGGGCUAGCACUGGGAGGGAAAGAGGGAGGUGAAGGGACUGCUCCUCUGUCUAAAUGUCUGGCACAAGAGUUCACACAACAGGCUGCCGACUUACGGACCUGCCUUAACUCUACCAACAUCACCAGAUGGGGAAUAUGUCAUAUUUUGGACCUUGAAACACCACAUUUAAGGAACUUUUCUAACAGCUGAAUGCCCUAUCCGUUGCCUCAGCAAGGAAUUCCUCUAUCGGAGUGUGCACAACAAAGGCAAGAGAGAGAGAGAGAAUACCGCUGACGGGAGGGGGCAGCCGGAGGGAAAGGGGGACAUUGUUUGCUUGUGGCUGUGGGCGACGGAAAAGCAUGGGUCAUCUUGCAUAAAGUGUGUGUGUGUUUAAACCGGGAUUUGUGAGUAAGUGAGGUCCUGUUUGAGCAAGUGAAUGUGAAGGUUUCGCAUGUUUAUACGUCGGUCCCGCUGGAGAGGAAGGCCUCUCAAAGGAUGCUGAGAGAAGACAGGUUUUUUGUUCUCCUGUUUGAAUGAUGACGGAGGAACUUGUGGAAUUGUUCGGUUAGCCGUUUGUCCUGCUCUAUGCACAGGGGUAGUUUAGGCAACGGCUGUAUGUAUGGCAAAGGGACCUGAUUAACCUGUGGGUUGAAGAAUCAUGGGUAACCUCAUUAGCAGACCUAGCUGUUUGGGACAAAAGUCCAAACAAGUUAAGUCAGAUGAGAACGUCUUGAAAGAGUGCUACCAGCAACGGAGAGAAUGGCCGCUCCCGGAGCCUCCUAAAGAAGAGAAAACGAAAGAGGAUGUAGAAGAUGUUCUUCGGCAAACUCCAACACCGGACAAGCAGAGGAGUUCCCCAGCCCCUACUGUCACCACUACCAGCACUCUGGACAAUGCUUGGCGAAGCACUCCGUCCCCAGUAAAAACACCACGCAAUGGGUCUUUGCCAAGAAGAUCUAAUAUUCCAGAGUACAGAAGAUCCCCCCUGAGUCAGUAUGGAUCCGUGGACAGAAGAGCCAGCCUGCAGAGAAGGGAUUCUGGAAGUCCCUGGUCCUGGAAGCCUCUGAACACUCGAGAGGUUACUGAAGUCACAGAGGUGACAGAGACUAUUGUGACAGAGAUUGUGGAGGUGACAGAGUAUCCUCCUGGGGGGAAAGGAGGUGACCCUAUUGUCACCAGAACUGUUAGAGUCCUUACUGGAGCUGCUGAGGAACUUGCAGAGCUGCAGAGUGAUGGUCAGUCAAGUUCAGACCAGGAAUCGAGUGUAACUCAAUGGAAGGAUGGCAGAAGUGCUUUGGCUCUGAAAGAUGAGUUCCGGGAUCCGUUGACAUUCCAGCAAAAUCUGGAAACACUGAUGACUUGGGUCUGUGAGAUUGAGGAGCUGACAGCCAAUCAAAAACCACCAUCCUCAGAGUUCAAGGUAGUGAAAGCCCAACUGCAAGAACAGAAGCUCUUACAGCGCCUCCUAGAAGACAGAAGACCCAGUAUAGAGACUGUGAUACAGGAGGGUCCACACCUGGCAGAAGGGCUUCAGGGAAAUGACAGUGAAAAGACCAAAGUGCAGCUCUCACAGCUCAAACUCAAGUGGGAGGCUCUACUUCAGGGCGCCAACAGCAGACACCGGAUUCUGGAGGUCAUUCUGCCAAGGGCUCAGCUAUUCCAAGAGAGGACAGACAGACUUCAGCAAUGGCUCAUAUCUGUAGAUCAGGACUUAGCCGAGCUCCGCUCUGCCGAGAGAGGGAUGCUCCAUCUGCAAGAAGCCACAGGACAGGCCAAGGCAGUCAUGGAAGAGAUCAAAUCUAAGAGUAUUGACCUGGGGAAACUUCAACAAUGUGCUCAUGAGCUCAUGGAAGAGAUUUCAGAGGAGGAAACCCAGCUGGUGCAGGAGCGAGUAGACAGUCUGCGUAUCAGGUACUCAGUGAUGAGUUUGGGUAGUGCUGAUGUCCUGCAGAGGCUGGAACAGGCUCUAGAGGCGUCCAGUCGAUGUACCUCCAGUCAGGAAGACCUUCACCUGUGGCUGGGUCGUAUUGAGAGAGAGCUGCUGGUUCCUGCUGCCCAGAGUCAGACUGGGGACACAGUCUUGUGUUCUGCUGAGAGGCAGAAGUUGGAACAGGCUGUUGAGAAAGAGUUGGCUUGGUUUAGAGACACCUCACUGGCACUGGAGGAGCUCAGAGCCAUUAAUCUAGACCCAGACGUCAUUGCAUCCCAGCUCAAUGAGCAGAAAAUACUUGCUGUAGAGAUUCUGCAACAUAAGUUUAACAUUGAGAAAAUGGUCAAGAUUUUGGAACUCCUGCAGACAUACACUGAAGAUGGGGAGACACUGGGACUCCAGUCAUCCCUAGGUACCUUACAGGAGCAGUGUCAGGUCACUACUGCCACUAAUUCCCAUGUUGUGCUUCAGCUGGAGCAUGCUCAGUCGCUCUUGUGUCAGUUCUCAGAGAGCUAUGCUGAAGUGUUACCAUGGUUACAGGAAACCAAAGCCCUUAUUGGCCAGUUUACCCUGAACACCAUCAGCUACGAGGCUUUCCGAGAACAACAGGACCUCUUACAGGGCAUCAGGGAGUCCAUAGCAGAGCAUAAGCCGCUGAUAGCACGGCUGAUCAUGCUGGCCCAGCGUCUAUCAGAUUUGAAUACAGCUCAGGGACAGGAGUUCUGCCAGAAAGCCAGAGACGCUGAAGAGCAGCAUCUCUCCAUCAGAGACAGGGUUCGAGAAGCUGCUGGAGUUCUGGAGGAAUCUCUACCCCGAUAUACACAGCUGAAUGAGAGGAUGACUCUGAUUGGAGAGAGACUUGAGCGUCUGUGUAGUCACCUGCAGGCCUCAAUGGCCCUUCAAGGCCUCACUCCACGAAUUCAGGAGCAGCUACAGGACAACAAGCACACACUGUCUGAGCUCUCCAAAUUGGAUCUGGACCUCAGCAGUGUGAGGACACAGGCUCAGGAGCUCCUGACCAACACAGGGGCUGUUGGGGACAGUUCCAUUGGCACAGCUAUUCAAGAGCGGGUUUGCAGUCUAACAAGCCACUGGGAGGAGGCUCAAAGAAAAGCUCAGGAGAAGGAGAAGUGGCUUCUCAAUCUCCUUGAUCUGGCAGUCAGGUUCUGGAAUGAUGUGAGUGACAUGACAGCUGGACUGAAUGAUGCCCAACAAGCUGUUCUGGACCUCAAUUCCAGUCGAACAGAUUCAGAAACCAUCCGACAGAGCCUGGAGACCAUGCAGACUCUCAGGGAAGACAUUGAUUCUCUGCAAGGUGACCUGGACACACUAGGAAUUCUGGGAAUGGAACUCAUGUCAGCUUGUGGUGAGACAGACAAACCAGAGGUCACCAAAUGUUUGGAUGAGCUUUAUGGCACAUGGAACAAUCUCAGUAAGAUCUGGACAAAUUGCAACAGUAAGUUAGAAGAAUGUUUACGAAUGGCGCACCAUUAUCAGGAGAGCAUGCAGGGACUGUUUGAGUGGCUGAAGUCUGUGGAGUUAAAAUCCACUGAGGAGUUCUCCGUGGGAUCUGACCUGGGAUCAGUUAAAGAGCAGCUAUGUGACCUGAAGGAAUUUAAGCGGGAGCUCUAUCAGAAGAAGAUUGAGAUAGAGAGUCUGAACCAUCGCUUUGUGUGUCGUCUUUCCCCGGGUACUGAGAGGCCUGGGUCCAUCUCUCCACUGUGUGACUUCCGUCAGCGGUGGGACAACCUGGAGUCAGUGACUGUGAGCAGACAGCACCAGUUGGAGUGUGCACUGCUGGGCUUGGGUCAGUUCCAGAACACUCUUGAUGAGUUGCACGCCUGGCUCUCCCACACGGCUGACCUACUGCAGGCCUCUCAGCCAAUCAGCAUUGACCUGCAGACCUGUGAGAUAGAGCUAGCCAAACACAAGGUUCUGCGGAAUGAUGUGAUGUCCCAUGUGCACACGGUAGACUCUCUGAACCAGGCCGGCAGAAACCUGAUGGAGUCUGGGGCGGGAGACAGUUCACAUAUCCUGCAGACUCGUCUGGAACAGCUGAAUGAACGCUGGGAAUUUGUGCGCUGCGAGACAGAGCGCAGACAGCUAGAGCUGGAAAAUAACCUCAGUCAGGUUCAAGACGUCACCAUGGAGAUCCAGGAUCUCCUGCAGUGGCUGGAACACACAGACCUGAGGCUGUCAUCCAGUAAGACAGUGUGGGGUAUGCCGGACUCUGCCAGCGAGAGACUAAACACUCAUUUGGAGUUGUGUAAUGAGAUGGAUUCUAAAAUGCACGCCUACACAAAUGUUCGCAACGCCAUCCACAGGAUGCUGGAGGGCAGUGAGGUGGCCCGGGGCUCCAGCACGGAGCACAGCUUAUGUAUACUGGAGCAGAAAUGGAGCUCUGUCUACGCUAAAAUGCAAGAAAGAAAGGCAAAGUUAACAGAGGGACUUGGUCUUGCAAAGGAGUUUAACAGUAACGUCCAAGACCUGCUGACCAAAAUGGCCAAGUGUGAGGAGACUAUAAACACUCUACCUGCGCCCAGCUUCAUCCUGGACACCAUCUGCUCACAGCUUCAGGAUCACAGGAUGCUGGUAGGUGAGGUGCAGUCUUAUGGAGAGAGGAAGACGAGCGUGGAGAACGCUGCCACACGUCUGUCGGAGCUCAGCAGGAAGGAAGACUGCGAUGUAGUGCAGAACCUGAUCAUGACCGUUCAGGACCGAUUCAAGAAACUCCUCCAACACACCACAGAGAGGGGGAAAAUGCUUGAGGACGUCAAAAGACAUGCUAAACAGUUCAAUGAGUCAUGGCACUUACUGGUGGACUGGAUGACGGAGGUUGAACAGACACUGGAUACACACAAAGAGAUCGCUGUGUCACAGGAAGAGAUCAAACAACAGCUUACUGAACAAAAGGAGUUCCAGAAACUUCUCCGCUCGAAGCGGCCCAUGUAUGAGGCUUGUCUGAAGAGUGGCCGCUCACUCCAGGAGAAAGCUCAGAGCCCUGAAGACACACAGCACCUGGAGAACAUGGUAUCCGAGCUCAGAGAUUCAUGGGAUACCAUCAGCGGGAAAUCCAGUGAGAGGCAACACAAGCUGGAAGAGGCUCUGCUGUUUUCAGGGAGAUUCACUGACGCUCUCCAGGCUCUUAAUGACUGGCUGUACAGGGCAGAGCCACAGCUGGCUGAAGAUGUGCCUGUCUGUGGUGAAAAAGACCUGGUCAACUAUCUGAUUGACAAGCACAAGGUGUUCCAGCGUGAGCUCGGGAAACGAGCUAGCUGUAUCCGGACACUGAAGCGUUCAGUCAGGGAUCUGACGCGGAGCAGCACGGCUGAUGCCCACUGGUUGCAGGAGCAAAUGGAGGAGCUGGAGGGCCGCUGGGAGGCCGUGUGCAAACUCUCUGUGUCCAGACAGGCUCGACUAGAGGCAGCACUUCAGCAGGCGGAAGAGUUUGAUGGGAUGGUUCAUUCGUUCCUGGAUCAUCUUUCGGAUGUUGAGAGGGUUCUGAAGUACGGAGUGCUGCCUGAGGAGGAGGAGGCUCUUCUGGCAUUUCGUACAUGUCAUCAGGAGUCAAUGAGUUCCUUAAACGAUCAGCAGAUGGCGCUAGAGAACAUUCGCAAACUGGGUGAAGAGAUUCUGUCCUCCUGUCACCCUGACUCUGUCAUCACCAUCAAGUCAUGGAUCAGUAUCACAAAGACUCGCUAUGAAGAGGUUCAGAUGUGGGCGAAGCAGCAGGCCGAGAGGAUCCAGACCACACUGUCUGCUCUAGAGGCAGAGAGAGAGGAGGUGCAGCGAUUACUGGACUGGAUCUCCUCCGCUGAAGAGUCUCUCAAUCUAAAGGAACAGGAGCCACUGCCUGAAGACUUAGAGCUCACUGCAGAGCUCAUCACUCAGCAUGCGGAUUUUAUGGAUGAGAUGAAAGGGAAGGUACCAGAGGUUGAAAAUGCCACGAAAUCCUGUAAACACAAGCUGGUUCCCAAGCAGCAGGUUUCCCCCAGUCGCAAGGCACCAACAAAGAGGAGAGGCACGGCAAAGCCUCCGCCGUCAGUGCCUCUUCCGCUGGAGAAACUGGACCCUCAAACCCCCAUGAUGUGUCAGCUGGUGAGUCAUUGGCAGAAGCUCUGGAUCCUGGCACACGGCAGACAGAGCAGACUAGAGGAACAUCUACAGAGGCUAAAAGAGUUGGAGGAGUUUGCUAAUUUUGACUUCAACAUCUGGCGGAAAAGAUACAUGCAAUGGAUAAGUCACCUCAAAUCCCGAAUUUUGGAUGUUUUUCGUAGCAUUGAUCGAGAUCAGGAUGGCCGAAUCACUCACAAGGAGUUCAUUGACAAUGUUCUAGCCUCUAAAUUUCCCACAAACUCCCUGGAAAUGACUGCUGUUGCUAACAUAUUUGAUGUAAACGGUGAUGGAUUCAUUGACUACUAUGAAUUUGUGAGCGCCCUCCACCCAAGCCGAGACCCUUACAGAAAAACAAUAGAUGUAGACCAAAUCAAUGAGGAGGUGAGUCGUCAGGUCUCUCAGUGCAACUGUCCAAAGAGAUUUCAAGUCGAGCAAAUUAGCGCAAACCGCUAUAGGUUUGGAGACUCUCAGCAGUUGCGGAUGGUUCGUAUUCUCCGAAGCACUCUGAUGGUUCGAGUUGGUGGUGGAUGGACAGCAUUAGAUGAGUUUCUGGUGAAGAACGACCCCUGUAGAGUAAAGGGACGCACAAACCUGAAGAUCAAGGAGAAGUAUCUCUCUCCAGAUGCGUUUGAGGCGUCGGGUCGCAGAGGGAGCGCUAAAGGCCUGACUGUCAGCAGAUCCAACUCCAGCCUGAGUUUAUACAGCAGCGCUUCAGCUCCCAGCAGCCCACUGACACGCAAGGCAUUGCUACGCAGAAGUUUCUCUGGUGAGAGGUGCAUUCGACCCAGGAGCUCUAUUGCUGCACUGGGGAGCGACCAUUUCUGUGCCGACAUAGAUUCACCUACACAUUCAGAAGAAACAGAAAGACCGCCAACAUGACCACAUCUUGUCCCAUACUAUGAGAUCAAACUGACUGUUCCUUACUCUUCUGGAGCCCAGGAUGGACAGAAAAACCGCCCCAGCUGGCCUCAGAUCAGUGAACAGUUCAAGACAGUUUGCUCAUCACAUGAGCUCCUCUGCACUAGUGGUCUGAGGUGUGUUACACUGUCAGUUUUCUAUCAUAACAUGCCUUGAUUUGACCUUCACAGACUUUGUUUUUACAAAACGGACUCCCUGCUUUGAGUGUAAUGAGAGACCGCUAGAAUGUUUUGCAUGGGUUUGAACAGCACGAUGUCCGUAGUCUCUAAGAGCAAUAGCUUAUAUAGUGCUUUACACAACAUAUAUGCACUGAGGUCUUUAUUUUCUGUAGUUGCUUGCUGUUGGGGGAAAUGUUUAAUCUUACCCUGCAUCCUCAAGAGUACAACCACUGCCUUUUUAUUUGUUUCACAUAAAAGACACCCUGCAGUUAGUGAUGCAAAAUACAAACCAAAAACAAACAGAUGUCAGUUGUUGUAUGGUUUAGGCUUUAUGAUAACCACUGCUUUUUUUUUAGGGUCCAUUUUAUUGUUCUGUGUAACUGUGGCUAUUACAUCCUCAGGUUUCAAGUGCUAGACUACUUAAGGGUCUAGAGAAUGAAUUUAAAGACCACAUGAAAUAUACUCAUAUACCCCUCUAACACCAUCUGACACCAUCAGCAAUCACAAGUAGGCCUAAUGAAUUAUGGUUCACAGUGGUGAAUGAAUCUAUCGGGUAAAUCGAAGAUCCCGUCAAUAUGUCCUGCCUGAAUCUCCUGUUUUAAUAGAAACUAUUGCUGCAAGUCCUCCUGGCAAGGUCUUCAUUAAUGCUACUCAAAAUGUGUUUAAACUAAAUUUGUACAGUCAAUAUUCUUAUUAUAAUCGAAAAAAAAAACAAUCUCCCAUGAUUCUUUAAUUAAGGGCUGAAAUACACUACACAACUUUUGUCCAGAUUUUUGAAAAUCAGAAAAGCACGUUGUGUAUGAUGGGCACAAACUCUGAUUUUUCUUUUUUUUUUAGCUUCAGGGUUUGAUUUCAUCCAGGCGGAGGAUAUCAGAUGUCUGAUAUUUUGAGCUGGUUUAAGAACACAUAUUCUUUUCAUUUGUCACCCGUCACCCGAUUACAAUAUUUGCCCACCGCCCUGUCGUUUUUCUUUUUAAUAGAAAUAAAAAUCAUUUAGUUCAGUUGGACAAUGGGCGCAACAAUUAUAAACUGAAAGCGUCUGCUCUGCUCCAUAAAGUCAAUUUCCAGGAAAGUCUGUUCACUCGGCGGCCAUAUUUGCAACGCCUCCCGGCAGCUAUUUUGCUCAUACGAGACAUACAAGUCCUAUCUACAUGAAUGUGAGAAUCCUGAAAUCUCAAAUACUGCUUGCCGAACACACAAUUAAAUAACAUAUUUCAAAUCGGCAACAGAAUCUGACAUGAACUGUCCGAUAAAUGUUGUUUCUUAUGCUCAAAUAGCAUUAAAAAAGCGUAUUUUUCAGGCUAGACCAGCCAAUGCGCAUGUGCAGUCCUAAGCGCGAGAGUAAGGAGAGAUGACUGACAAGAUGAUGGUGGAGGAUUUGGUGCGCAACAGAUCCUGAGCGUCAUUGACAUAUCUUAUCUUGUAAAAUAUGCCUUCAAUACCGACGCUCCCUAUACACAGAGUACGCCUAUCGAAAACGAAAAUGAAAAGCGAGCACGCAUUCAAAAGCGAUUUUAAUACUACACAUAUUGUUAGCGGCUCAUUGAUGUCCGCAAAUUAUAAGCCUUUAUGCAGAGUAUGCGCGAUUGCGAAUUCAAAAGUGAAAGUGAGCAGACGUUCAAAAACAAUAACCCCACCUCCCCCGGUGUAAUCGCAAGUUUAUAUACCGGUGUGAAAAUGUCCUCACCGUGACAUCCCUAGUAGUGAUCCUCAGUCAAUUAGUGUAUGAUACAGUACCUAGUUUUAAUUUGUAACCAUUUACAAAGUUGGCAUAAAUGAUGCCUAGUGUUUUAAAAUCUGCUCAGAUUUUAAAAGUCAGGUGGUGUAUUCAAGCCUUAACACAUCACCAACUCAUAAAGUUCUAGCUUAAUACUGAUAAUUAUGACUUGGUGGUGUAAAUACAAUCAUUCCAACCUGACUUGAAUGCAACAUUUUUUUUAUAUGCACUCACUGAGUCAUUUCAUGAGGUCUUUAAAUACUUGAUUGUUUCUAUUGUGAGCUUUGAGUCUUUUUAGGAAUGUUCUUUAGCAUUUAAUUGUGUUUACCACAUAUUUCACGUCCCAAUGUCUGUAAAAUGUAUAUUAGUGUAUUUCCAGUAUAUAUAGAGUAUUUGUUUUGUUCUUCCCUUUUAUUUUGAACAAUCAUGCCACCAGUUGUAAUAACUUCCUUUGAGGAUAUGAAAGUGUAGGUCUCAAUGAGAUUAGCUGACAUAAUACCCCACCACAAAUGCUCCUUUAUCAGUGGCGGCUUAUUUUUGACUUUUAUUUGAGCCAAACAAAACCACAUAUGACCUGCUUUUCUAUUGUGUCCUGCUCAGGGCAAAGUCUGCUGUAUUCAUUUUUUGCCUUAAACCUAUUUGUGAAUGUCGUGGGUUGAAUUCUUAUAUCAUUGUACCAAGUGUUAUGGAUGUAGCAUUUGAUUCAAAUUACAUAUCAAAUAUGUGUGUGUUUUAAUUUUGUGCAUAUGCAGUUCGGUUCUCUUAAUUUAGGAGAGUUGAAAUGGGUUUUGAGGGUUGAGGAUUACGGCAUUUGAGUUAUUUCUUGGCAGGUGUACUUCGCUUUAGCUGUUGUACUCUGUCCCAUCUGGGAAUCAUCAAAUGAAGGCAUUAAUCUCAAAACAUGUGGAAAUAAAAGUUAUAUGGUCAAAAAAGGAACAUAUAUUUGCAGAUAGAGGUGGUCAGUGUUAUUUAUACUUUUAAGCAUUGCUACUUUAUGUCGUCAAAGACUGUAAAUGAUUGUGUUUUAUUGUCAUGUCUAGCCUGGCAAGAAAUAAUCAUGUCUGGUGGUUAUUGACUAUCUAUGCAAAAUCCAUUUGACACUCAAAAUCCAUUUCAUUUCUGUGAUUAUUCAUGUUCAGCUUAUAAAUGCUGGUUUAUAUAAUCCAUUUCUUGGACACUGGAAAGAGAUCCUCUUCUGCUAUGCACCUGCUAUUAUUGUACUGUAAAUCUUUGAGCCUGUAAAUAAUGGUAGCAUUAUUGCUUAUUUACUGUACGUUUCUGAUCUUGUAAAAUAAGGUUACAUACUGUAGAAUUUGUGUUCAGCUCUGCAUUACGUUUAGGGCCUAGUUGUGGAGUGACACUAUUAUAACAUUUCUUGAGAUUACAAAUCUGUUCAAAUAAAAUGUUUUAUAGAA